GUGAGCGUUGUGUAUGCAAUCACGUGGUUUCCAGUCCUGAUAAUCUACAUGCUCAACUACUACCAUGAGGCACAAGAGUACGGCAACAUCACCUACAUCAUUGGGAUCCUGAUCGUCACUUUCAACUCCUGCGUUAAUCCUUUCGUUUACGCAUUUGUUAAUGAGCGCUUCAGAAAUCACCUGAAGAAUCUGCUUCAACUGCCAUGUCUGAAACAAAACCGAAUACAACUAGAGCGACAACGACGUAAAGGCGGUUCAGAAAGCAGCAAUUCACAGCAGCCACGUCAUGCUUUUGAAAUCAAAGAGUAG